GGAGAAAAGAACAAUCUCCGUCGUCGCGGACACCGAUACUGCACCAACGACCUCCAUUCCGAUUCUCUCCUUGCCACUAGAACUUCGCGAUCGACUUGUCUUUACGUGACGUCCUGAUUAGUCCUCGUUGGGGUCCGUUCACUCCCCGCGCGUCUAUCUCCACCCGAACCGCCGAGUCCCCUUGCACAACAACCUCGUCCUCGUUGACACAAUCGCGCGAUUACUACUACUACUACCUACGUUCGCUCGAAUAGUCGCUGGCAGCCCUCGCUCAUUGCUGGAGGGCUUGGUUCGAAACGGUUUCAGGAUCUGUGGAGGAUGAAAGGGAUCAACGAUCGAUGGGUGUAAUACGGAAGAAGACCGCCUCGCGCGGUACCGAGGCUGGCACCAAGUAUCAUUGUGAUAUUUGUACGGUAGAUGUGACUUCUACAGUUCGCAUCUCAUGCGCACACCCCGCCUGUCCCGAAUACGACCUCUGCGUUCCCUGCUUCGCGGCAGGUGAAAAGUCCAAGAAUCAUGACCCGAGCACGCAUCCCUACCAAGUCAUCGAACAGAACUCCGUUCCAAUUUUCGACAAGGAAUGGGGCGCGGACGAGGAAUUGCUGCUGCUAGAAGGCGCGGAGAUCUACGGUCUAGGCUCCUGGGCAGACAUCGCGGACCACAUUGGUGGCUUUCGCACCAAGGAUGAAGUGCGAGAUCACUACAUUAACAGUUAUGUGGACAGCCCGCAUUUCCCGUUACCGGCGAAUGCGGACCCAGAUGACACGGCGCUGCCCGACUCUAUCUCGAAAGAAGAGUUCCAGGCGCGCAAGAAGCGACGAAUCGAGGAGCGCAAGGAAAAUAGCAAGUCGGCACCGCCUACGACACCUAAGCAGAAACCUACCGCAAGUGUACCGGCCUGCCAUGAAGUACAGGGAUACAUGCCUGGGCGGUUGGAGUUCGAGACGGAGUUCCUCAACGAGGCGGAAGAAGCGGUGCAGCACAUGUCCUUUGAACCUGGGGCAGGCAUCUUGCCAAACGGCGAGAACGACGCAGAAAUGGAGCUCAAAAUGACCGUGGUCGACAUCUACAACUCGCGCCUCACAGCGCGAACAGAGCGCAAGAAGAUUCUCUUCGAGCACAACGUCCUCGAAUAUCGCAAAAACACCGCCCUAGAAAAGAAACGCACAAAAGAAGAACGCGACCUCCUCAACAAAGCCAAACCUUUCGCGCGAAUGAUGAACCACGACGACUUCGAAGAACUAAACAAGGGUCUCGAAUACGAACACAACCUCCGCCUCGCUAUCUCCCAACUCCAAGAAUGGCGCCAAAUGGGCAUCACGGAUCUUAAAAACGGCGAGAAAUACGAAGCAGAGAAACAGCACCGGUUGCAGCGCCUCAUGCCUCAGGGCUCCUUCGAUCGCUUCGCCACCCGUCCAACAAAACAGACCCAGCAACCCGAACAUCCCACCGCAGCUAGCGCACUCACAACACCAGAACUACCCCUCCGACUCCAGAAAGCCGCUGCUCCUCCCCAAACCCCAAACAAACAACAAUCACAACAACAACAACAACCACCACCGCAACAAUCAGCGAACGAGCCCCUUAAUGACUUCGACCGUGCCUUCGCCGCCGACACAGGCACUCCUCAGUCCCAAUCUCAAUCCCAGUCCCAACAAGGACAACCUCAACAACAAACUCAACAGCCCCCGAAAGCUAAAUUCGUUGUCCAACCCUUAACAGGCGUAGUACCAUGGAAACUCGAAACCGAAGGCGCGCCAGACCUCCACCUCCUAAGCAAGGAAGAGGUAGAAGUGUGCAACGUACUACAUAUUCAACCGAAGCCGUACCUUGUUGUUAAGGAGGCGUUGUUGAAGGAGGCGAUGAAACAGGGCGGGGGGUUGAAGAGAAAGGAUGCGAAGGCUGCUUGUAAGAUUGAUACGACUAAAACAAGUCGGAUAUAUGAUUUUAUGGUGCACAGUGGAUGGAUCAACAAGGCAUAGUUUGCUAUCUUUCUUCAUUUGAUAUCCAAUUGAUUGGAAAGGUGUUAGGCGUUGGAUCCGAGUUAUUAUAAUCUCUAUGAAUAGUGGAAUGAAUUGCAUUUUGACUCGAUCAAAUGUUGUUUUGUUCAUUCUAAGUAACUACCCAUUGCAGCGCCCGGGCAGUAAGUAUUAGUUUACGUGGGACAGAUAUGAACUUUG